AAAAUUGGAUUGUCCGGAAAGGGAUAAAAGUUGGAAUACAAACAUGGCGUUGUGCUAGUCGAAACAUAGGACAACAGGCUUAUAAGCCUAAUUAGCACUCGCCUUAAUCUAGUGGCGCGUGACCUCAACCAAUCUUCACGUGACCGGAUAUCAAUUCCCACCCAGCCCAACAGAAGAGAUUUGUGCUACAACAUCCCCAAGGCAAUAGUCGUCACAGCAUCAUUUAGCAGGGAAUAAUUGUGGAAGUUGAAGAGAUACUAAAGAAUCCAUUACAUAGCACAUCUUGGGGCAAUUUAAGUACAGAACUUCACUGAACCAAUCACAAGACAGCUUUUGAUCUGAUGAACCAAUCAUAAGACAGCUUUUGAUCUGACUUGCCAGAGAAUACUCGACACGAAAAAUAUAAAAUAACGAUGCUUUAAUGAACUGAUGUUCUCUGGGUACCUUUCCACCUAGGGGCCGAUCGCACCAACAAUUUAAAAAAUGUGGAACAGAGAUUCAGAAAAUCAUCAUUCUAAGCCAUUCGAUUCCAGAGCUUACAGCCCGCGAACCAGUCAGGAUACUCAGAAUGUCCCUUUCUCCUGCCAAAGAAAUCCUAACUCCCCGCGUUGUGUUGAGCUCAUGGCUACUUCCAAUGGGCUCGCAAAGAAAACUUCUGAUUCUGGAAUGCGACGAAGUUUUCGAGAAGGAUCUUUGGACGCGGGCUCACUGGGCCAGUUCAGCUCAAGGAUGAGCAGCACUGCUAAUAAUUACGAGCAGCAUCAACCCAGAAGCAGUGGGGCGUUCGAAGACCCUCCUGCUGUUAUGUACGAUGAGGUCGGCGCUAGGCCACAACGAGGGUGCUCCGCCCCACCCGAUUACUACCAACAGGACCGCGCCCCGUCGAAAUACCACCGCUCCCCAAAGUUUUGGAGCAAGCCAUUCUGUACUGAAGGCUGUAUCCCUUCAGAGGAUAGAUUUUUCUGGGAAUCCCCUUGCUUGUAUAACCCUUGCUUGGUCAAAUACGAAAUGCGGGAUAUCCCACCAAUGCCGUGCAUGUCCAGAUGCUACACCCCGACAUGCGAGUCGCCCUUCCCGAGAUGCAACACCUGCCCGCUGGAGGAACUCAGACCCCCCGACAGCAGUCGCUUCAGCAGGUCUCGGCUUCGACUAAAUAACUCGGAGUGGACGUACACGCCGCCCUGCAGCAAGGAGCCGUUCAACACGUGUCCGACCGGGGGCUGCAAGGUGUGUAGCGAUACCAACAGCUGGCGGAGAAGUGUGUCGGCCCCGCCCAUGAAACGAGAACCAAUUGGAGGCUGCGCAUCGUGUACAGCGUGUACCAAGUGUAGGUAUUAAAACUUGAGACAUGAAGACGUGUGUUACACAGAAACAACAAACUUGUACCAAGAGUACAACUUGAGACACAUAAAGACGUGUGUCACAUAAAGAGGUGUGUUACACAGAAAGAACAAACGUGUACCAAGAGUAGACUUUAAAUCUAGAGACACAAAGAGGCAAGAGAAACAACGAACAUGUACUAAAAGUGGAUUUUAAAAGAGACUUGUGCCUAGUAUAAGAAGCUGGCACAUUAAUAAAUAUAUUGGUUGAG